AGGUUUUGUGUGAAGUUGCGAAAGAAACUGCAGUACGAGGAAAGAAGACAAUCAAGUCAGAGAAGGGCACUUUCAGAUUCUGAAACGGUAAGGUGGUUGAACCAUGUUGUUGAAAAGAUAUGGCCCAUAUGUAUGGAACAGAUUGCGUCACAGAAGAUUCUGCUUCCUGUCAUACCCUGGUUCUUGGUAAAGUACAAACCUUGGACUGCUAAAAAGGCUGAGGUUCAGCAUCUGUAUUUGGGAAGAAACCCACCCAUGUUCACGGAAAUGAGGGUCCUUCGCCAAUGCUCCGGUGAUGACCACUUGGUGUUAGAAUUAGGAAUGAAUUUUCUCACAGCAGAUGACAUGAUCAUGUCUUUGUCUCCUCUUGUCUUGAAGGUGUUGAUUGGAGUGAAGUUUCUCCGACAGUGGCCUUUCCUUGGCCGUUUGCGUGUGUGUUUUGCUGAGCCACCCUAUUUCCAGAUGACUGUGAAACCUAUAUUUACACAUGGGCUUGAUGUUACUGAACUUCCAGGAAUUGCAGGAUGGCUGGAUAAACUUCUCUCAAUUGCGUUUGAGCAGACACUUGUUGAGCCCAAUAUGCUUGUUGUUGAUAUUGAGAAAUUCGCUUCACCACAACCAGAAAAUUGGUUUUUUGUUGAUGAGAAGGAACCUACUGCCUAUGCCAAAGUUGAAGUUGUUGAAGCAUCUGACGUGAAACCCUCAGAUUUAAAUGGACUGGCGGAUCCCUAUGUGAAGGGACAACUAGGCCCUUACAGAUUCAGGACUAUUACACAAAGGAAAACGUUGACUCCAAAAUGGCUUGAGGAAUUUAUGAUCCCUAUUUGUACAUGGGAUUCACCCAAUUUAUUAGCUAUUGAAGUUCGUGACAAGGACCAUUUUGUUGAUGAUACUCUUGGCAAAUGCACUGUAAAUAUCAAUGACCUUAGGGAUGGGCAGAGACAUGACAUGUGGUUGCCUCUUCAGAAUAUCAAAACAGGGAGGCUGCGCUUGGCCAUAACUGUUCUUAAAGAUCCAGCAAUGGGUAAUGUUAAUGUACUGUAUGGUGAAACAUUAAAGGAGGCAGAUAUACAGAAGCCGGGGGGUGAAACUGCUGAUAAAGGUCAUUUGCCUUCAGUCUACUCGGAUAAAUCUGGAAAAGUACCGGAUAAUUUUGAACCUAUAAACAUUGAAGGACAAGAAAAGACUGGCAUAUGGAUUCACCAGCCAGGUAGUGAAGUGUCACAAACUUGGGAGCCUAGAAAAGGGAAGACUAGACUCCUUGAAACCUUGAUCCAAAGAGAGCCGAAGGAUUCUUUUGAAAGUACCACGGCAGCGGCUUCUGGAUCCCUUACUAAUGACAGCAGCAGUGCUGAUGAAAAUCUUGAUGCAAAGCAUCCAGGCAAUAGAGUUCGUCAGGGCUUACGGAAGAUUUUUCGUCGGAGCUCGAGAAAGGAUGAUCAAUCAGGCAGCAUUGGAGAGGUCGUUCAAUCACCACAUGCAAACAUUAGAGCAGUCAAUGCAACGGAGGUUGAUGUGAAAUUUAUACUAGAGGACAGCCUUUCAGGGCCUCCUUCUGGUAAGGACUCAAAAGAAGGAAGUUUAAGUCCUGAGGGAGGUGGUCCAGAAAGUCCAAGCAAAAACAUGAAGGAUAUGGCAAAGAGUAUCUUAAAACAUGCUGAGAAGUCUGCUAGCACAAUAAAACAUGUUCUUUCCCGCAAAGGAUCAAAGAAUAUUCCAAGUGAAACAUCAGAAACUACAGAACAGAACAUUUCUGUAGAAUCCGAAUCUUCUAAUGAGGAAUCCCUUACAUCCCUUGGGAAGGAGACUAUACCUGUUGUUUCCAAUCCAAUGUUCUUCCCUUGUGGUAUUGACGACUCUUGUAAUGCUGCAAAGCAUGUUAUGCAGACAAAUUCUGUUGGCUGCGAAGAACCCUCAACGAAUAGUGGUGAUCAAGAAGAGAAAAGUAGUGUGGAGGGUCCAGACGAGAUGGAUGGUGAUGAGAACAGUCCUGGAAAAUCCAGUAGCAGUGGACUUGUUGAGUCACCAAAUGUAAAGCCUUCUAAACAGAAUUUGGAAGAUGAGAAAAGGUAGCAAUUCAUUGGUUAAUGUAGAUAGUGACAUUUUCUGUUAAUUUGUUCUUCUUCUUUUUUUCUGUACAUCCACUGGAAGAAAUGAAAUUUGAUACAGGUUUUUUUUGCAAAGGACAGUAGUGCUGUAGGAGUUAAAUGUGUUUGGAGAUCAUCGGCUUUUGAUUCUUGGGUCUUUGCAUACUUGUAAAUUGGUUUCCUUAAUUUGCCUACUUUUUUUGGCCAGUAAUUUAUACAUA